CUAAUGUCAAUGAGACACCAACUAUCGAGAUACCAAAUGUUGAUAUACCACCUGUUGAGACACUGAAUGUUGAGGCUCCUCCUUCAAUGAAUUGUCUUGCAUUAAUUUAUAAAAAGCGACUAUCCGAUAAAGUGAUGAUGAGUCUAACUGCAAUACAAGAUAUGGAUCACUUGAAAGAGUUGAUUGAGAAAAGAGGCAUGCUGCCUAUACUUGGUACUCAGAUAUCAAGUUUUCAUUUUCUAUUUUCUGAUGACAAGCCUGAUGAUAAGGACUGCUUGUUGAAGGUCCACAAUUUCCCCUCACACACAAUUGAUGGCUGGAGAAUAAAACCAUGCAAUCCUCCUACAAUAAGUAAAAGUCUUGUUGUUCGUCACAGCAGUAAAAGUGCUGAGCCUCCAUACAUUCAAGUAUCAGUAGAACCUGAUAAAACUGAUGCUACUAACAAGAUAUCCUAUGUUUUAUCUAUUGAUGGUAUACAAACAUCUGAUGCAUCUACUGUUCAAUGGACUAUUGAAGUAUCUAAGAAUGACUUACUAGCAACCACUCCUUCAUCAAUUGGUCCAUCAGUUGUUGCUGCCCCUUCAACUGAAAUAGUAGAAGCAGAAGGUGCUUCUGAUCUUGAUAUUGCUAAAGGAAAGGUUAAAGAUAUCUUAAUGAAGAAUCAAGUUUCUUUAAAGAGAGCUUUCAGUCUAUCAUUGCAAAGCAUAUCAGAUCAGCUCCUUCAAGUUGGUAUCAUAUCACAAGAUAUACACAGAUCACCAUCUUAUGAUGACAUCAUUGGGUCUUUCCUAGCUGGUCUUACUUUCAUACGCAGGCAGUCUGAGCUUAAUAAAGAAUGUGACACUUUUCUAACAGCAUUAUCUAAUGUUGGGGGACCAGUAGCUCGUGCUGCUGGUAUGCUAAGGGAAGAUUGGGGACAAGCAAUGAACAUGUAACUUUAUUAUUAUCACACAUGCACCUAAAUUAUACACAUAUAUACUAUAUUACAUGUACAUGAUGUAUUUUCCUACCUUUUUAUUUGCAUUAUAUUAGUUUAACAUUA